CUCUUAUUUUUGGCGUUGAGUUUGUGGGUUUCUCCAGUGAACUGUGUCUAAAGUUGUGUCUCAGUUGGCUGUCUGCUCUGACACCCGGGACCGGGAGGAAUAUGACGCCAGGGAGAAGCCCCUCCUUGUCUACCACUGUUUGUGUGGCCAGACGGUUCUGGUGCUGGACUGCCAGUUGGAGAAAUUGCCCAUGAGGCCCCGGGAUCGGUCUCGCGUGAUUGAUGCUGCCAAACAUGCCCACAAAUUUUGUAACACAGAAGACGAGGAGACUAUGUAUCUUCGCAGGCCCGAAGGCAUUGAAAGACAGUACAGGAAGAAGUGUGCAAAGUGUGGAUUGCCACUCUUCUACCAGUCCCAGCCAAAGAGCGCUCCCGUGACCUUCACUGUGCGUGGGGCAGUAGUCAAGUUUGGCCAGGGUUUGGGAAAAACAAAUAUAUAUACUCAGAAGCUAGAGCCUCCUAAGAAGGUGAUGAUGACCAAACGGACUAAAGACAUGGGCAAGUUCAGCUCUGUCACUGUGUCUACUAUUGAUGAAGAGGAAGAGGAGAUUGAGGCUAGAGAAGUUGCUGACUCGUAUGCACAGAAUGCCAAAGUGAUUGAAAAACAGUUGGAGCGCAAAGGCAUGAGCAAAAGGCGGCUGCAAGAGCUGGCUGAACUGGAAGCCAACAAAGCAAAAAUGAAGGGGACUUUGAUUGACAACCAGUUCAAAUGAUCAGGACCUUUCUCUGAACCCAAGCAUUUAGACCAGAAGGCAGAA